AUGGCUCCUGUUGAAACUGUAUCAGCGGCAAAUAUCAACACAAUUAUUACCAGCCCUGAGUUGACUGGCCAGCCGUAUACUGAAAACGUUGCUAUGGCUCCUGUUGAAACUGUAUCAGCAGCGAAUAUCAACAAAAUUAUCAGCAGCCCUGAGGCAGCCGGUGAUUCGACUGAGGCGAAGAUUGAGCUAGAGGUGCACUUGGAUCACGGCGAUGAAUGCCUGGAACAUAGCCGGCGUUACUCGUCCUCACAACGAAGUAUAACAUCUCUGAGUGCACGCAAUGAGAUUGAUGUUGAUGCUGUGAAUGAGAAUAAGCACAUGCAUCUGCAUGAAGCUCAGGAAUACCGAGCCGGCCGAUGCCAUUCAUCCUCGCACAGAAGCGUGGCUUCCCUCGACAUCCACAGUGAGGCUGAACUUGUUGGUGCAACUGAGGCGCAGUAUGCUCAGGGCGACGCAGAACUGCUGGAUCAUGGCAAGAAAUGCGACCGGUGCCAUUCACCCUCACAGAGAAGUGCAACAUCCCUGAGUAUCCGCAGCGAGAAUGGCACAGGUGGGAUUGAAGGACGAGAGGGCAAGCCCAUCGAACUACUGGCUGAUGCCGACGAACCAGGGCGCUACUCGUUCCCGCAACGAAGUGCUUCGUCCCUCAGUGUCCGCAGUGAGGUAACCCCUCCUAACAGAUUUCCUUUUCUCACCAUAUUCUGA